CUGUAAUAGAAGUGGCCCGUCUCUGCUAAAUAAUCUCUGGUAACGUUUCAAUAGGUUGGAAUAAUUCAGCCAGUUUUUCUGCUAAUAAAUGACACGCAAAAUAAUUCGAUUUUAACACAAUUUUCAGUCAAUUUCUGCAUUUCUCCGGUCUGACGUGUUUCUGUGUGCCGGCAUUUAUUUACUUUCGUUUUCAGAGAAAUCGCUUGAGUUGCGUUUGUACAACUAUUGAAAUCCACCCCCUUCAUUGCGUAUCAUCUCGCUCAAUGAGGCAAACUGACCUCUUAGAAUGGCACUUUAGAGGCGACGUCCUUGUGUAAAGAUGCUGUACUCCUGGGGCGCGAGCGACACAUUGUGUGCGGAAUCAACAAUCCAGGAUGAUCCAACGGGAAAAUAUCUCGGAUUCAUCGGUGGAGAUGGAAACGUCACGGUGCUUAGUCUGUGUGUUGACGGAAAUGUCAACGCUGUGGUGCAAAAACGCUUUAGCUUAAAGAAAGACAAGAUCAAAGUCAUGAAUUGUGGACAGUCUCGAGCGCUCCUCUUUCCACCUGAGGGAAAGAUUCUCCUGUUGGAGAGAUGGAAUAACUGCAGGCCCUUCAAAGUGCUCUGUGAAAAACAGGUUACUCAGGUGGCAUGUGGAAACCAGCAUUCCAUGGCAUUAAUCCGUGAUGGUCAGCUGUUGGUUUGGGGUGCAAACUCUCAUGGUCAGUUGGGUUUAGGGAAGGAAGAAAGCAGCAUUCGGUCACCUCAACUGCUCAAAUCUCUGUGCGGGAUUCCUCUGGCUCAGAUCAGCGCUGGAGGAGACCACACCUUCGCCUUGUCCCUCUCAGGAGUCGUGUUUGGCUGGGGGAAGAACAACGCUGGACAACUUGGCCUUGGAGACAUUACCAAUAAAUACACUCCAACUUGUGUCAAGAGCUUGAAUCAGAAGAAAACAGUCUUCAUUUCAUGUGGGGAAGAGCAUACUGCCAUGCUGACAAAGGGUGGCUUUGUGUUCACAUGUGGAUCAGGCAGCUUUGGGCAGCUUGGACAUAAUUCACUAAGGGACGAGUAUCACCCUCGACUCAUAGCUGAACUCAUGGGGUCAAAGGUGUCUCAGAUCGCCUGUGGACAGCACCACACUCUGGCAUUGUCCGAGCUAUAUAAUGUGAUCUACUCAUUUGGACGCGGGGAACAAGGGCAGCUGGGAACUGCAAAGACAGUCAACCAGCCUGUGCCCUUACCAAUACAGUUGCCAUCAGAUCACAACCCUGCAUUAAAAGUGAAGAGAGUUGUAGCUGGUGGGGACAUUACCUUUGCCUUCUAUCAUGAACUGAACCAUGAAAGACGUGUAAUACCGAGCGUAUGUGCAACACUAGAUGACCAAAUCAUUGACAAAUGGCUGACAGAGUGUGACACGAAUGCAUGGACACGAGCCAAAAGGGAAAUCAAAAGGAUGUUUUCAUCUGCAUCUUUCGUAAACGGGAGUUUUAUUGAUAAAAGUUGUGACCAACAUUUCCUGACUUCAACUAAAUAUUCCGGCCUGGAUCUUUCCCUCGCCCGUCUUGCUUUUGAGAAGAUAGCCACAAAAACCAAAGUACUAUCGGAGGUACAGCAAUCAGUGAUGAGAGAGCUGCUUCCAUCACUGAGCAUCCAGUGUCCAGCUGGUGUAGAGGCUCUGAGAAUUUACCUUAUCCUGCCUGAACUCAUCAGAGUCAUCCAGAAACAGAAACAAAAACAACGAACAGAACUGGCGGUCAACCUGGCUGGUGCCAUUCUAAAACUGGAUCCUUUUCCAUGUGAUGCUUUGGAGAGCCUCUGGACCAGAAUGCCAUAUUCAUACUUCAGGACGCUUGUGAAGACCUUGCAUUCUGAGUCUGCAAGGCUCAUUGAACAAAUGACAGCACAACUUUGUGACCACUGGGAGUCCCUGACCACCAUUCUUCGUGUUCUGAAGCGAUUAUUUUGGGUUAAUAGGCAAAGGAAAAGCAUGCUAACUGAAAAUCAGUUUUGCAUCAGUGAAGUUGCCCACCUGCCAAUGAAUGGAAAUAUCGAACAGUUGGUUCCCUUCAGUUUUGUGGCUGACACUGUUACUAAACAGAGAAUUUUUAUUUACUUGAAGGGCUUACUCAUGCAGGUAGAGCAGACAAGCGCAUUUGGACUACCUGUUCCUGUCAACACGUUCCACAUAAACAAGCAAUCAUUGUUGAAGGACACACUACAGUAUCUCAGAACAGGCAUCCUCACAUUUACAAACCCACUGAAGGUGGUGUUUAUCGGGGAGAUUGGAAUAGAUGUCAGGGCCUUGUCUGCAGAGUUCUUCUCCCUCCUUUCAAUGGCUUUUCUCUCGUGGGAGAAAAAGCUUCAGGAAGUCUCAGAGAAUUCACAACUGUAUUGGUUCAAUCCUGAUACUUGUGAUGUCACAGAUUUUUAUUACAUCGGCAUUAUGUGUGGAAUGGCACUGUACAACAAUCAUUAUAUGAGCAUUAACUUUCCAUUGGCGUUGUUCAAGAAACUCCUCCAACAGAGUCCCACACUCAGUGAUCUAGAGGAACUGUCCCCUGUGGAGGCCAGAGGUUUGAAAGAUCUUCUUGAAGAGGAAGAAGGAGAUGUGGAUGGGCUACUUAUUGAUUUCACGGUCAGAGGACAAGAGCUCUUUUCAAAUGGAUGUCAGGUUCCAGUGACCAAAGCUAACAGACAGAAGUAUGUGGAUAUGUACGUUGACUUUGUUUUCAACAAGUCAGUGAAGGAUCAGUUUGAGCAAUUUUCAAUAGGUUUUUUUGAGGGUUGUCCUCUCAAUGCCUGGAGAAUGUUCCACCCCGAAGAGCUCCGGGAACUUUUCCGUGGUUGCCCUACAUAUGAGUGGAACGCCCUUCGCCAGUGUGCAACAUAUGAACACUGUUCUCCAUCUGAUGAGCUUAUCACAAAUUUCUGGACCGUCUUCUUUGAGUUCUUAGAUGAACAAAGGAAGAAAUUUCUGUUUUUCAUGUAUGGAACGGACCGUGUUCCUCCCGGAGGUCUCUCAAAGCGGUCACUGAAGAUUGUGAAGUUGAACCAUCCUGAGCCAGAUGACCGUUUCCCAGAAGCCCAGGCCUGCUUUGGCAUAUUGCAUCUCCCCAAAUACAGCAAUAUUGACAUACUUCGCAACAAGCUAAUACAUGCUAUCAACUACUGUGAGGUUUUUGGACGGGAGUGAAAUUCCCUCGAGGUCAUAAACUGCACAGAAAAGACCAACCUAUUAACCUGUUCUUCAUCUAAAUGAACUGUUAAAAAAUAUUUUAUACCAGCAAAACUAAUUUGAAGUGUUAGGGUGUAAGGGGUUUAAGGUAAGCACUUUAUAUGUAAAAACACAACUUAUGUAGUUGCAUUCAUAUCUAUUAUAUUACUUAUGCUAUUAUAUUAUAUUUGUGUAUGUAUUGGAAUUUAUAACCUAAUAUUAUGACCCGUUAUCUGACAUAACUCCUGUAAGUGUGUUUAUUUAAAUAGAGAAUUAAAAUUACAUUAUCUAUUAGAUAGGCUAGCCUACUUUUAAUGAGUGUCACAUGAUCCUUUACCAUGGUGUUGAUGUUGGGAAAUUGCAAAGCAUUACGUUAGAAACAUGGAUACUCUUUUUUUUUUUUUUUCCCUCAAAGUUUAGAGUUGGGGAUAUUAAGUUUGUUUGAAAAUGUGUAUUUGACCCUUUCUCAUUUUAGAGAAAUAAAAUAGUCCUUAAUGUAGGCAAGCCUGCCUCUGGCUGAUUGCUUUGUGUAUUUUCAACAGUGCUGGAUAGUAACAGAUUACAUGUAAUUUGGAUUACAUAAUCAGAUUACAAAAACCAGGUACUUGUAAUCAGGUUAAAUACUCCUAAUUGGAUUACAGUUACUUUUUAUGGAUUACAUAUAAAUUUAUUGAUUCCUGUAAUGCAUACAGCUGAUUUACGUUCGGUAAAUCUUAGUGUUUUCGAUUUGGGGUGGAAUUGCCCACACAGACCGGAUACUAGCACCCAGCCAUAAUUACACUGAAGAUGGAGCGGUAAUCCAAACAUAAAAUCUAAACCAAUUGCAUUAGUGCGGUAAAGUUCAUUUUAUUUUCAUGAAUUGAAAGUGAUGAAGUGACUCCAGUCAGGUCUCUUAUGCAACCAAAUUGGCCCGGUUGCUAGAGAGGGUAGAGUCACAUGGGGUAACCUCCUUGUGGUCGCUAGAAUGUGGUUCUCGCUCUCAGUGGGGCGUGUGGUGAGUUGGGCAUGGAUGCCACGGAGAAUAGCGUGAAGCCUCCACACGCACUAAGUCUCCGCUGUAACGCGCUCAACAAGCCACGUGAUAAGAUGCACGGGUUGAUGGUCCCAGAUGCGGAGGCAACUGCGAUUUGUCCUUCGCCAUCCGGAUUGAGGCGAGUCACUACGCCACCACAAGGACUUGGGGCGUAUUGGGAAUCGGGCAUUCCAAAUUGGGGAGAAAAGGGGAGAAAAUAAAAAUAAAUUAUAAAUAAGAAAGGAUUAGGUCAGAAGUAAUCCAAAAGCAAUCAGAUUAUAUUACUUAUAUUACUUAAGUAUAGCCAUGUAAUUUGUAAUCAGUAUCAGAUUACAAUUCAAAAGUAAUCUUUCCUACACUGAUUGUCAACACAUUUGUCAGGAGUCUCAGAUGCAGUUUUAUUAUAUAUGCAUGCAAGGGUAACAUGAUGCUGACUAUGCUUUUACUGAAAAUUGCAUAUUUUCCAUGAUUUCGAUUUUUACAGAGAUGCGUCAUACACCAUUUGUCCAUUAACUAAAAAUGUAUUUCUUAAACUACUAAUCUGAGACAUGACAGUGAGGCUGGACAUAAUAUGGUCAAUGUAUA